CACAUCUCAUACCUCAUUUCCUAGAUCAACCUACUUCAAUAUGAAGAAAGCAGCAAAACUCGGAAAUGGCAAGAAAAUCAUCAUCAUAUCUUUCAUCUUCAUCGCGUUCUUGAUCGCGUUGGCGUCCAUCAACGAAAUCCAGUUCAACAAUCUAUCAAACUUCAAAAAAUGUACUGCCAUCCAUUCACCUUCUUCAGAAACCUCUUUACUGCCCAUGAAAUCAUCCGAAAAUGACAUCAGAAUCCUCAUUGGGAUUCUAACACUCGCGGACAACCACCAACGCCGCCACUUCCUGCGUCUCAUUUAUGGGACACAAACAGUGGCAGGCGCAAAGAUCGAUGUAAAGUUCGUCUUUUGCAACCUAACAAAAGAAGACCAGAGGAUUCUAAUAGCACUUGAGAUAAUGCUUUACAAUGAUAUCAUAAUAUUGAACUGUAAAGAAAACAUGGAUAAAGGAAAGACUUACACAUACUUCUCGAGCCUGCCGGAUAUGCUGAAAGACGAGUCUAACCCGGCCAACCCGCCUUACCAUUAUGUCAUCAAAGGCGAUGAUGACACGUAUUUCAGGCUACCAAAAUUGGUGGAAUCUUUAAUGCCAUUACCAAGAGAAGAUCUAUACUAUGGGUAUGUUGUUCCAUGUCCUAGUAUGGAUCCAUUUGUGCAUUACAUGUCGGGAAUGGGGUAUCUGGUAUCGUGGGAUAUCGUUGAGUGGUUAAAAGAUUCGGAUAUACCGAAACGACAUCUGGUUGGGCCUGAAGAUAAGGUCUUUGGAGACUGGAUUCGAGAGGGAAGACGUGCGAAAAACAGGUAUAAUGCUAAGUGGUCUAUGUAUGAUUAUCCUGAGCCAGCAACAAGAUGUACACAUGAGCUAUGGCCGGAUACAGUGGCGGUUCAUCGGUUGAAGACUCAAGAAAAGUGGGUUCGGACAUUGGAGUAUUUCAAUGUUACCCAGAAUUUGAAACCUUCAAAAAUGUACCAUAUAUGAUAUACAUUAGAUUAUGACAAGAUUAUACUACAUUCUAACCAAUUUUUGCUUGAUAUAUUUUUUAUUGCAAACAAUAAAGAUGAUCAUGGGUUAUUAAGGUGUAAA